AUGCCGUCAAAGCCACGCAAGGCCACUUCAAAGAAGUCCAAGCCCCCCGAGGCGGAAGCUGAAUUCUGGGAGAUUACGGGUAUUCUUGCCGAGAAGACCGUCAAGAAAUCCGUCAAAUACCUUGUCCAGUGGCAGGACGAUCCCGUCACCGGAAAGAAGUUCCCUCCUGAGUGGGUUUCUGAGGUAACACCUGCGGCCAAAAAGGAAUGGGAGAGCAUAAAGGCUGAGAGGCGUCUCCAAGAAGACCAGCAGCAGGCGCAGCAGCAGCAGCAGCAGCAGCAGCAGCAGCUUGAGCGACAGGCUGAAGACCAAGCUGAACCGGGACCAGCGCCGGACCCGGAGAUAGGCCCCAAGAAGCAGCAGCAUCAUCGUCAUCAGCAGCAGCAACAGCAGCAACAGAAACAGCAUCAGCAACAGCAACAGGAGCAACAAGGACAGCCAGAAGACCAGAAGGCGUCCUCAUCAGAUUCAGACAGUGACGAUAGCCAGCCGCCGCGUCCUGCUCAACGACGGCGUAUCGACCAAGGUCAGAAGAAGCGUCCCCGUUCAGCCUCAUUGUGUUCGGCAUCUUCACUUGGCUCUCGUGCUCCGCCGCGUAAGGUACUCAGAAGCGACACUGGCGGGUCUCUUGAGCCUCCCGUGUCCCUUGUGUCUUCACCCUCGAUCCCUUCGCCAUCUGAAGUCUCGGAGCUACCUGAAGCAGUCGUCGCAGACCUUCCCGAAGUUGUCGUCUCGGAUCUGCAUGACGGAGUCGCAUCUGACCUGUCUGACGAAGUCCUCUCGAAACAUAAUUCGCCAGAUAGGUCUCGGUCUAUGGUGGUGGCGAUCCCCGAGCCUUCGAACCUCGAUCCAGCUGAUUAUCUGAGCAUCUUUGGUUCGCAAUCGCAAUCGAGCGGCAAUUCUACGCAGCAGGUAGCCGAACGCGAAACUCAGGGCAGCCUGCUCUCCAUCACACAGAGCAGCCAAGCCCCAGCGAUCCAAGGGAUUGAGAGUCAAGAAACUGUGGGUCAAGCGACUGUGCCCGACUCCCAGGAGACAUCGGAUCAAUCUUGGACCCAAGCUCAGGUUGACUUGUUGCCUCCAUCUCGCACGUUGACUGAUCCCCAGCCUCAAGGCAGCUUACCAGACUCCAGCUCGCGCGUCAUCCCAGAUUCUCUCGAGGAUCCCUCCACAACGGCGACACAUCAGUCCAAGGCAACUCAAGACCGACAGGCAUCUUCACCGUCAAAGUCUCGCAACGCAUCCGAGGCCCCCCUUCAGGAGUCUCAUGAAACUGGCAGUUCUGACAUUCCUUCACACCAGCCCGAGCAGCUGAGAGAGGCCACAGACAUCCACAGCCCUUCUUUGUCCGAAUCUGUGUCACACAGCACGCCAGCCCCCCGUGCGACACAGCUUCCGGGUUCGUCAAGCUCGGCAGAGGCUAUACCCACGCAAUCAGACGCAAGCCCAAGGUUUCUUACUCAGCCACCCUUUUCGCUCGUCCUGGAGCCUCCGCAGAGUUCUGUGCCCAGUCGAAUCCUUGAAUCGCCUGCCCAUCCAGUUGCGGAGGUUGUUUCCACCACUACCUUCGGGACUUCCUCUGCGUCAGAUCCAGGAGCUUCUCAGGCCGCUCAAAUCGUCGCCCGCGUUUGGGACCCACCAACUCAACAUCUUGGGGACAGCCCGUCCCCGUCCGAGUCCGAACAGAUCCGCCAUCAACUGGAGGCCGUUGCUGUUCCAUCACAGCCAGUAGCGCCGGCAGGUCUCACGAGGCAUCCAAGAGCAACUGCAACACCGCCGACAAAGCAUUCGACCCCGCUCAGCCUUUACAAGCGUCGAAGGAUGGAGAACGAGACUCCGGAGCAAGCUGCCGAGAGGCGGCGAUCGACGUUGGACGCAGAGCUCUCACAGAUAUUCCGCUUUGACGAUGAUGACGACGAUAAAGCUCCUUCUGCACAUGCUACCAGUCAGCCAACGGCCCAGCAGGUGCAGCACGACCAGGUCUUGGCUAACGAAAACGUCGAGCACGUUGCGCCAGCAGAUGAGAGAAGCGCGCCUCAUGCCCACACUGAGUUGCCCAUGCAUUCGACCGAUAUGCACCAUGCCGUCGAGUUGCCCAGCAGCCAAGGCCAUGAUCAGCACGAGAGCAUGGGUCCAGUAACAGCUAAUGCGGCUGUUGUGGUACCUGAAAUCCAGGGGGUCGCCGCUUUAGAUACAGCAGCGGAAUCACAAACCCCAACUCCACACCAACCGGUUGCCGCUGAGUUGGCCGAUAUUUUCGGCUCAGCUUUCGUCGGAGCGGACCUGGAGCCACCCCCUACGACUGCCCCUGAUUAUAUACACGCAGAGCCAUCUACAGUCUCCCUUGCCGACAUUAGUCGCCAACCAGAACCAGCAUACAGAGAUGUGCCUCUUAUGUCUUUUAUAAACCCGGAAGAAACCCUGAUGCACGAGUCGUUCACGGACACUGCUCCCUCAGAGCAGGUUCAAGCCGAACAUAGCCCCAGCGAAUCAUCGGCGUCUUUCACAGAACAGCCGUCAGCGGUUAAGGAGCAUGUUGUUACUCUCCCUUAUCAAGCGAGCUUGCGCGAGAAGUAUGACACCAUCAUUGUCGCAUACAAGAACUCAAUCAAGGAGUUCAACAGGUCAUUCAGCGACGAGGACUACUCAGAGCCAGAUCAGUCCCUAGUCGCGCGCAUUGACGAGCUGUUCAACAGCCUCUUGAACCUAUGUGAUUAUCCGGGGGAUGCGGUGGGCAGCGACCUGGAAAAGCUGUCUCCUGAGGAUCAGGCCAGGUAUUGCUGCGACGCGAACCCGAAAUUCAACUUUUUACGUGAGCUGUUGAGAGGCGUUGAGAAUCAUCUCAACAUCUUGAUCGUCGCUCGCUCACCAGAUCUCCUCCGUCUCCUUGGCCAUUUAGCAUGGGCUGUCAAGAUGCCGUUUACUUGCAAGGCUACUGGCCACGUCGAUCCAGGCGAUUCAGGCUUCAGGAUGGUCCUCGCACUGCCGACGGAGUUUGUUGACGCCCGGAAAUUCGAUGUCGUGAUCGGAUACGACCAUUCGUUCAGACACUCUGCCGUCGCACAAGGAUUAUCAACCCACUCCAGUAGCGGCAGGCAUCCACUGGUUUUGCAGCUCGUCACGACCCAUUCCAUCGAACAUAUUGAUCUUCAUAUACCGGACGAUCUGACUCUGCUGGAGCGCAAGAGCGUUCUGGUCUCCGCGAUUGUGCGCGCUCGACAACUCGUGGAAAGGCCAGAUCCCAACCAACCUGAGCCGCAUGAAAUUGCCGCCCAAAUCAUCGAGUACCUCUCGAGCGAUGAAGAGCCUUUUUUGUGGGAACCGACUCCCGUCCCAGAGAACAUACUUGAUGUCUACGUCCACUCUCAAUCGCGGUCGCAAUUGCCGACCACCGCCCAACGCGACCUGGAAAUUGGUCGCAAGCGCAAACAUAACGAAUCGGAUGACUCUGAGAACAAGCGAGCACGAGUGCUUUCUGCAAACGAGGUAGUGUCAGCGAUUGGAACAGGUUUGCCUCCAGUUUCCGACGAAGUCAAGGCGCUGUUGAAGUAUGCCACACCGAGGGCAGACACCUCUCGGCCACAAGUAUUGAUCAACGUACCGCAUACUGCGUUGCAAGUAUUGGCUGAAAAGUUCUCGGAUUACGAGCACCGCCUCGAAGCUUCCAAUCGUGAUGCAGAAUACAGAGCUGUCAUCACAAGCCUGGAGAAGCGGGUCAAGGAGUACGAAAGAUCAACGCACAUAAUCUAUGAGACCGAGCGUGUGGCGCUUCAAGACCGCUCUCGGUUCGAAGGCGAGAAGCGUAAGAUCGAGGCUGCCAUGCAAUCUGCUGCGGCUCAGGCAGAGAGGGAAGCCGAGAAAGCGAGGAGGAAGAUCUCGGAGCUGGAAACCACUGUGGCGCGGCUGACGCAAGACCCCAAUGCCUCCGAUCCGCAGGAUACGCCUCUGGCAAGAUCCGAGAAGCUCUUGCAGGAGGCGCAGGCUAAGAUUGCUAUGCUCGAGAAGCGGCUGGAGAAUGCCCACAAAGAGGCAGACUAUAUUCGGUCGACAUACCAGGACGCUGCCUCUAGGGCGUCUGAAUUGCAGGCAGAAAAUAACCAACUCAGGAAACAAAACGAGGAUCUCAGCGAGAAAGCUGCUGAGAAUUCAGUCCGGAUUCAUGAGAUCCAGGAGCGCAACACUGCGCAUAUCUAUCUCCAGCAGAUUGCAGAGCUCAAGGCUCAGAUCCAGAGCAGAGAUAUGGAGCUCGAGCGUGCUCGUGAAGAGCUUCGUCAGCUUAAGAACGGACGGCGAGAGACCCGGCAGUCUAGCGUACCGCGGAGUCCACGCAUGGGCAUGAUGAGCCCGCGAACGAUUGCCCGAGGGUACGGAGGCCCGUCUAGCAGGGGGGCCAGUCCUGCUGCGAGCGGCGACGGGAUGCAGUUCUAUGGUCAGCAGUCUGGAAAUGGCCGAUGGGAUCAUCUGAGGGGAUGA